AUGAAUAACACUUCUUUUCUAAGUACUAAGAAUAGAUAUAAGGAGAAGAAGUUGAACGAACUUCAAGAAAUUGUUGAGCUUCAAAAUGAAGAGAUCAUUCGCUUGAAAAAUGAGUACAAACAAUUGAUUAAUACAAUAAAUCAAACGGAAAGUGCGAGUUCUCAGACAGAUAUUAUACUAAAGAAAAAGAUUGCUUCCCUUCAAAGUGAAUUGAAGAAUUUAGAUACAAGAACUACAAUAUUAAAAUCACAUUCUUCUGUUGCACAUUCAAGAAUGAUUAAUGAAUUACAAACAGAGCAUCAAGAUAACAUAAUUAAAACGAGAAUUAAAUAUGAAUCAAAAAUUGCUGAACUUCAACUUCAAAAUAAAAAUAAUACUCCUGUAGCAGAUAUAUUAUCAAAAAUAGAUACAACUAGAUCAAAAAUAUCCGAGUCUCUCAAGGAAAAAAUGGAUCAAAAUGAAAAGCAGAUUCAAAAUGAGCUUGCUUCAUUAAGUGAUAAGACAAAAGAUUUAGAACAGUAUUGUACACAACUUGAGCAGAAAAUAAAACAAAAACGAAACUUAAUUCAAGAAGAAACAGAUAAAUUCAAAAAUUAUAUCACAAAAUCAGAAGAAUUACAUAAGAGACGAACCAUUGCAAUAGAUGAAUCAGAAGCAAGCAUAAAAGAACAGUACGAAAUGUUCGAAAAAUCUCAACUUGCCGAAAUUAAUUCAAUUCGUGAUAAAAACAACUCAAGCUUAGAAAAGAUUAGAGGAAAGAUUGCAGAACAGAGAAAUAAGGUAUUUAAAAUGAAGCAAUCAAUAGCCUCUGGCCGCACAGAUAUAUCAACAUCUGUAGAUGAAGCUCAACGAGAAAAAACCAAAUUAUCAAAGCAACUUGAUGAUCAAAUUUAUAGUUCCUAUACUGAUGGUGAAAAAUCGAUGAUGAAAGUAAUUAAGCGAGAAUAUGUAGAUCGACAGUAUUUGAUGAAGAGGUUAGCUGCCUACAAAGAACAGAUGAAUGAAAUAAAGAAGUCGAGGAAUGAAAUACUUACAGAAGUUAAAAGAUUAGACUUCAUGUUAUACGGAAAGGGUGGAAAAUAUCAAAGAAAGAAAUGA